AGUUCAGGGAAACCGGCACACACAGAGAAGCAACGUCACCAGAAAGCAGUGCGUGAGUCAACUCCACACACACACACACACAAAGAGAGAGAACAAGCUGAAAAAAUGAUGCCAGUGUGAGUGUCAUGGAGGAGAAAGACAGGAGAGUCCUGAGUUCUGAGUCCUGAGUUCUGAGUCCUGAGUCCUGAGUUCUGAGUCCUGAGUCCUGAGUCCUGAGUUCUGAGUCCUGAGUCCUGAGUUCUGAGUUCUGAGUCCUGAGUCCUGGAAGAACAUGGACAAGUCUCUGAUGCAGCGUCUGCUCAGCUCGAAGAAAAGUGCAAAAAUCCACCCGACUGCGGUGAUGCUAAAAUACGGCUCCCAUUUUCCCCGACGUGGAGAUGAGAGCUACGACGAUGCUCCGUCCUUUGAGGAUUUUGGUGCCUUUAUAGCAGAGACGUCUGACAGCAAAUCACACAAAACUGUGUUUAACCUUCAGUCUGAAUCGAGAUCAAGAGUGUCUAAAGGGGUCAGAGGUCAGCUGCAGAGCUUCAGUGAGGCCAGCGUGUUCUCGUCACGUGUGAUGUGGGCGGUGCUCUUUGGUGCAGCGCUGGCUCAUGGAUGUGUCUCGCUCCUGACACGUUUAGCUGCAGAUUUAUCCCACAUCCCGUCGCUCGAGCUUCUCUUUGUCCGCUCUGUCCUCCAGGUUCUGUCCAUCGCUGUCGUUCUUUACCACAAGGAGGCGCCUUUUGGGCCACAAGGCUGCAGGCUGCAUCUCUUCUCCUAUGGAAUAUUUAAUGUCGUUUCCAUCUCCUGUGCAUACACGUCCUUCGCACUAGUUCCUCCUGCUAACGGCGCUAUCGUGUGGAGAGCGAGCGCUACAGUGUUCAGUGCCGUCUUGUCCUUCCUGCUCGUUGAAGAGCGACUCGGUGUGACAGACAUAAUCUCUGUCUCCUGCAGUGUCUUUGGGCUCGGCUUCAUCCUGAUCCCCAACCUCGCUAGUGAGGAAAAGCCGCUUGGGUUCUGGCAGGAGGCGUUUGGUUACGUCCUGAUGGUUUUGGCAGGACUGAUGGCGGCACUCUCUAUGAUUUUAUACAGGUGUGUGAAGCAGCAGGUGAGCUUGUGGACAGCACUGUUUACUUUUGGAUGGAUGGGUUCUCUCUGGUCCUGCUGCUCCAUGUUCCUCCUGCAGGAACCCGUCAUUCCACACGAUGCGGAGACCUGGAUCUUCCUCAUAUCCAUCAGCUUCUGCUCCACCAUCUCCUUCCUGGGGGUUUAUUACGGCCUGCAGCGCCUCCACCCUGCGCUAGUCAGCACGGUGCAGCAUCUGGAGCUCGUGGUGGCGAUGGUUCUGCAGCUGGUCGUGUUGCACAUGCUCCCAUCUGUCUGUGACAUCAUCGGCGCCACCGUCAUCGUCACCAGCGUAAUAGUGCUCGGCCUCGUCAAAGUCCUCUGUGGUGGAAAGCGUGAGAUGGAGGAAUACAAAGAAAUCCUGGACUCGUCCGUAAAAUAAGACUGAGGACUGUGCAUGAGAGGAGAAAAGAGUUAUGAUUUAUACUUCGUCUUGUGUAAAAUUAGAACAUUAA